UCCGUUUACCGCCAAGCACGCGACCAAACAUGCUGAAUCUAGACUGCUACCUUCACUGCCAGACUAUCGUCCUCCACUGACACACCACCAACAUGCAGCAACUCAGAUCAGCUUUCUCGCCCCUUCCAGACAUCGUGCGCGGCCCAUCCGCACCGCCGCGACUACCACCUCGCCCUUCCCCACCACCGCCUGCUCCAGACUUCCUCGUCAUCGGCUUGUUUGCCCUACGACUCACAAAGCGACUGAUCGAGAGCCUCGAGUACUAUCCCGGUCGCGACGCCGACAUCAUCUGGCUCGUCAACUUCCUCUCGCCCUUCCACAACGACGGCGAACUAGCCAAGAUCUCAGGCGCACGAAGGGAUGACUACCUCGCAACGUAUCAUAGCAUUGUCUCACGGAUGAAGAAGCAGCCAGAAUAUCCGAUGCGUUUCAUGCAGAUGAAUCCGGAUCAGUCGUCGCAACCAGCGCGGUGGAGAAGUAAGAUGGAGCGACCCAGAGAGAUGACUGAUGCGGAAAGACUUGAGAUCGUUAACUUCUGCGACGCAGCAGGCGAGUGGGGAUCUAUCCUCCCGAUACCAGCGCGUGAAGCAGAAAGAAUGAUUGAACUAGCUGACCGAAGAAGAAUCGUGGAUCUUGACGAGCACGACCGGCAGCGACUGCAGUACGAAGAUAGAGAGGGCUCACGAGAUUGCAUGCAGUCGCGAUCCGAAGAUAGAGAGGAAUUGCUGGAUCGAAGGCCGUCACGAUUCGAGCCACAUUCUUUACCUUACGAUACUAGGCGGCCGCUGCAGAAGGUCAGGCAACCGGAACGCGAGGACAGGUAUCGACUGAAUAAUGCUGGAGUGUGGCGUGGCGACGAAUACCUUUCGCCUAAUGAGAGGCAGCAGCCAGUGGAUACGAGGAGGAGACGUCGGGUGUCUUUUGCGGAUAACAGGCAGUACUUUGAGGAUGAACGCCGUUAAGAAGAUGUGAGAUGGCGCGAGCGGUAAAAUUUGAGUAACUGGGUGUGCGCUGGAAUGGUGGUUUUCCGGGACGAAGAUACGAUCGUUUAUGGCGAUCGUGUCUGAUCCGCUUGUUCUGAGUCCUGCACAUCUUGCCUACUUUGAUUAGACUUGUGCAGUGUUAGCAGUGAUGUGUCGAAUGAAGACAUUGGAA